AUGACAAGAGUUCUGAUCGACGACUGUCAUCGGCGUUUGCAGAAGUAUAAGGCUGAGAUCGAGCAGAACAGAAGGCAGUGUGUCCACACUCUCGGCGAUUUUAUCGCCGCAGAUCAUGGGAAGAUGAUCUCUGCUCUGGUACACCACGGGCAAGCCAAGAAGAGAGAAGUUUUGGAACGGAAACUCAUUAAGCUAAAACCACCAGCCACAGAAAGCUCAAACUUGGUCCACAAACUCUCGUCUAAGCAGCUAACAGAGCAGCAACUACGAGUGCUACAGCAUGAGACUUGUUUCAACACUGCAGAUGCCGAUCCUGUCGACUUCAUUGCAGCCCUGGAAGCUAUGAUCGUGAGAAGUGAAACAUCCGACGAUAUGAAGCACGCCGUCCGACAACGUGUUACCUCCUUGCUGAUGAAACACAGACCAACCAAAUGUAUCUCGCAGAGUGAGUCAAAGGCUAUGAGAGAACUGAGGAGGGACGACAGCAUUAUCAUUCUACCUGCUGACAAGGGACGAUCAACCGUCGUGAUGAAUAGAAAAGACUAUAAUGAAAAGGCUAAAGCCCUUCUUGAUGACAGGGAAUUUUACAGACCAGCACGGAAGUCACAAGCCAAAGCAGUGGCAGAUCGGCUGAGUACCCUGCUUAGAGAAUACCGACAUAAAAAUGUGAUCACGGAGAAUGAAUGGCACCAAAUGAGGGCAACUGACACCGCUCUAGCCCGAUUCAAUGGUCUGCCAAAAAUCCAUAAAGCAAAUGUCCCACUUCGGCCAAUCGUUGCCCUAAAAGGUAGUCCCACCUACAAUUUGGCAAACUCAAUGUACUCAAAACUGAAGUUCCUCCAAGGCAAUUCGACUACCUCAGUUCGAUCAGCCUCUCAAUUCCUCAUAGACCUCCAAGGUAGGAGGAUUCAAUCGGAGGAAAUCAUGGUAUCCUCCGAUUGUUACCAUUCACAUCCAUCCCACCAAACUUAGCCUGCGAAUUCUUUCGCAAGAGACUUGAAGAGGCGUACGAUGAGACUCAGAAUGCCCUCAAAAUUGAACACCUCAUGAGGCUGUUUGAAUUCUGCCAGCAAACUUCACUUUUGCGGGAGAGACCUAUGAACAAAUCAAGGGAACCCCAAUGGGCUCACCGGUCUCCGGUUUGUUGGCAGAACUGGUCCUACAGGAGUUAGAAAAGAUUGCCUUCGCCCAACAUGAACCGGUGUUUUGGCGCCGUUACGUAGACGACACGUUCGGACAAUUUGUGAAAGUUGUCGUCGGAGCAGUGUGCUCUUUUGGAAAGUUUUUUUUCCCUCAUAUGACCAUAUGGAUCGAUUUCAUUGGCUUGUCUAAAAAUAAGAACUCCUCGCAGAAGCAAGUUUUCUUCCAGAACGAGGGCUGGUAAUCAAUAUGUUUCUUUCUAAAUAGGAACAUGCUCUAGUAACUUUCGGACUUAAAAGCGGCUUAAUCAUGACUUUUUGUUGAUGAAGUUCAAAGCCCUACAUCCAUUUCCCAAUUAUUUUCAGCAAGAACAUCGGCGUGUGUUCUCUGUGAAUGGUCUAAAUGGGGUUAUAAUUAUACGUGCUUAGUUUGCGACGAAUAAAUUCGUCGCCUUGUUUACACGUGGACCGUUUAUGUCCCCCCUACUUAUUUCUGGGUACAGUUCUACCAUUCAGUAUUCGCCAUAGAGUAACCUUACUAAUAUUAGAAAUACUUGCUAACGACUCAUGCGACAACCCCUCCGCUACUAAUUUCCGUAUCCUUUCAUAUUCGACUGCUGAACGACAUUGUUUGAACAUCGUUAUCGCACGGAAGGACAGAGAAAAAAGGCAGCAUGUUGCGCGUACUCAAGAUAUAUAUAUAUAUAUAUAUCUGUUUGCGCCUAUUAAUUCUCGGUGUGGUUAAACAAAUUAUUGUCGAAGAAAUAACUGCUACAUUUUAUCGCACAAGACGUUAUAAAUUCACAAAAAGGAAUUUUAUAGGCUGCCUUCGGUCUUUUAUUCCUGAAAACAAGUAAAGUUCUCAAGCUCGUCCUCACCUGAUUUUCUUACAAACAAAAUCAAAUUUAGCAUUUCCAGACAGAAUCUACCUCUCACUUUUUCUGUUUUUAUUAAUCUUUGUUUAUAGCACAAUGCACGUAACCAUAACGUUUUGAUCAGCAAAUUUCCGUGGCGUAGGAAGCCAUCUGGAUAUUAAUAAAGGUCAGGUUUAGCCCAAAUCUAACCUCCUUUUCUUUAAUAAAACGGACUCGAAAUGAUGCUUUUCUCAGUAAAUGCCUUUCUGUCUCCCAACUCACUUUAAUAAACACAACUAAUAACACCAGAUGCAUGACGUACUUCUCACUAAGAUUUCGACCAUGACAUUUCAUGAGUUAGGCCAACUACUGUACACUUCCUGAAAGAAAACAAAGGGCCAACUGCAUUAGGGGGGUCCCUAUCCGCGUAUCUUGACGAGAUAGGGUUGGGGCCAGCUUUUAGUUUAGUACCAGGGUCAGGAAUAAAGUUAAGAAACGGGAAUAAGUACAUCUCCUGAAAUUCAGUGCAAGACUACCCUGAGUGAAGGGUGGGACACUUAUUUUCGUGUCCAACCUAAAAAUAUGAUUAAGCAGGUGUUAUCUCGCAGGCCAAGUGUUCACAUGCAUGUGCAGAUCGAAAUAGUUUGGGAAAAUUUUCCUAUAUAUGGCACUGAGUCUCAGCUUAGAGUAACUCUCUGCAACAUGUUCUGCUGACCGACUGGCGACGAAACACCCCUUCUAGUGGUUACGCAUACGUGGUAGUUUUAUUGCAUAUGCAUAUAUAGGUGGAAAACCCCACCCUGUCUAUGCUUGGAGAGGAGCGCGGUUUAUGGAAUUCGUCAAGGAGAAUGAGAGUCCGUCCAGAAUAUCGGACAUGACAAUGCAAUAUAUAUAAUAUAAAUAUAAUUAUGAUAGUGGGCGCUCACCGAUCAGGUUACGGAACAUGCUCGUUCCGUUGUGCCUUGGGGCUCAUACUUAAACCCUCGCAGGCAGUCGCACAGCGACUAGUGAUAUAUGUUGAGAAGGUGAUACCGACAAAGACAAGGGAGACCGGAAUGGCCAUUUCUGGCUUAUUAGCCGUCAUCAGCCAGUCAUACCCAACCCCAAGUGUGGAUCACUUGAGAUUCGAACCCGGGAUCUUUGGUCAUGGAGUUGAACGCUCUACCAUUGAGCCUGAUCGGUGAGCGCCCACUAUCAUAAUUAAUAUUCCCGAUCACAACCGACAGGACAACGGGCCCGUGGCUCAAUGGUAGAGCGUUCAACUCCAUGACCAAAGAUCCCGGGUUCGAAUCUCAAGUGAUCCACACUUGGGGUUGGGUAUGACUGGCUGAUGACGGCUAAUAAGCCAGAAAUGGCCAUUCCGGUCUCCCUUGUCUUUGUCGGUAUCACCUUCUCAAUAUAAAUAUAAAUACAAUAUAUAAAUAGGGCGACUUGAGGUUUUUGCACCCCCCCCCCUUUGUUUUUAAGCUGACAGUCGUAAAAUAGUUACACUUAUUCUGCAGUAGGUAAGUCGGAAUCUUUUACUCAUUUUCGUAAGCACGUUUGUGCAAACAACCGGGUCGGCUAAAGCGGUCGGUGAAAAAUUAUGUGCAGUUUCUUAAUAGAUCGCGCAACCAACUGCCUCUGUUCAAAAGGCGGCGGCUAUUGGCGUUUUUCCUGAGGUGGCCAACGCUACACACUUUGCCGUAUUAUCGAUUUAAGUAAUAUGCUUAGGGGCCUUGAAGAUAAUUGACAGAUUUCCGGCGAGUGAGUUUUUGUUCGCACUUCUGUAUGGAUUGCCAAAACCAUAUAUCGACGUGUUUUUGCUGGCAAGUAAAAUUUUUUCAUCGGGUAACUGCUUAGACCUAGAUGGGGACGUAUCUAAUAAGCAGGCCUUAAACUAUUGCAAGAUGGCUUCAUGUUAGCGUUUUUCCUUACCAUGCGACUGGUAGACGCUUAAAAUGGUAAACGAAAAAUCCCGGCAACGGUAUAGGGAAAGUACCCAAGAAAUGCACGACCAACCCCAGUCGCCUGUCUUACUGGAAAGGUGGUAAUGGGGGCUUUACGCGUGGGGCCGUUAAAUGCGUUGUAAGCAGGCAAUGUAAAUGAAGGCAAUUGUGUGGUUUGUUUUUUAGUCGAAAACAUUUUACGGCAUUGACAUAUAGUAACCAAAGAAAGCUGGGAAAUUGGAAAAAAUAUUUUUAGUUGUGGUCCUAGUGCAAACCAAUUUCAGGUGCCCACCAAUCGAUUGUUUACGGCAAGUUAUGUGUCCAAGGCAAGCGCAGCCAAUGAGUAUGUAAUCACGUUAGUAAGCUAGCUGCCUCUACCGAAAUUUAGUGUACGAGUCCGUCAUGUGCCUGAAUCCAAAGGCAAUGUUGUCUGCGCGAUCUGUCAAGCGAAACGAAAAUCCUAAUAAGUACGUUAUUUGUAAACCAAGGCAGGUGGUGUUUUAUGUAACUCAUGUAACGUAAUUCAGGAAGUACGAAUACCAUACGUUAGUAAAAAUAUAUUCACUAUAUGUUUAACGGUUUUUUUUUCAUUUUAGAGUUUGUCCUUGAUAGGCUAUUAUUUUGUGAAUUUUGCAAAUAAAUGGAAGCGGCAGCCGAAGGAAUUGCUCAUACCCCGGAACAUCUUCGAAGUAAGAUGGAAGAAAUAUUGGACGAGAUAAAUUCGGAGAAGGUUGUCGAGUACUGCCAGAAGAGGGGACAGCUUCCGACCGCAUUAUUAUGCUAAUGCGAAAGAGCAAAUUAGGAGGCGACACUCGGAUGAAUAUGUUUCUCGAUGAUCCGGGGCCGAAAGAGAAGGGCAUUGAGAGGUGGUUCAAUUUUUGAGGACAGCCGGUUGACGUUGGGGACAAUUAUGAAGAUUUGGCUACUUUUUCUAAAAGGAGUAAGAGAAGGCUAUCGACGUCGCAAUGUGACGGCGGUGGAGUGGUACGCGUUAUGUAGGAAUGGAUGCACUGCGGCUCUCAGAAAGCAAACGAAACAGAUUGGGGGACGGGAAUUUGGGUCCCAGUUGAUGAAACGUUACUAAGCCGACGUAAAUACCACGUCGGUAAACGCCGAAUGCAAUGGUGGUUCGUGAGAAUGCACAAUACAAGGCGGUGAAAGGCAGUGGUCGAGCAGGUCAACGACAUAACCUGGCCGGCUCUGCGCGCUGUCAUUACAAAAUGAGUAACGAAGGGCAGCAUCGUCAUGAUGGAUGAGUGGAGAGCCUACAGUCGCCUCCCGUCUGAGGGAUAUGUCCAUCAUACCGUAAAUCACUCCAAACACUUCAAAGACCCGACGACUGGAAGGAACACAAAUGCAAUAGAGUCAUAAUGGAGUCGAUUGAAAAGGAAGGCGUACGAAGGAAGCCCGGUUUCCGGUUGAGCUAUCUGGUCUCAUAUAGACGAAGUACAAUAUCGCCUCUGGUUUGGUCUUAAUGCGCUGGACUGAAGGAAGCGUGGAAGGUAUUCUUGUUUUACGUUGCGGAGGCUUACCCUGUGUAAAUGGAACUUGUUCUGGAAGAAGCUGACAGUAUUGUAAGUUAAUUGUCCUACAUUAACUUCUCGCAACCCAAACUGCCUUGGUUUUCCUAAUGCUUUUGGACCGCAGCGUAGUUUUUGGUUAGCCGUCUGCCUCUUUUAUCGUGAAAGCUUCGGAUUUGUGUCUGGAUGCAAGUAAGUUUCGAUUACAAGCCUCUUACAAGAUCAGGUAGUUAAGAAUUAAUGUGAUCAACCGGAACAUAAUCGGACGACUACAUGAAGAAUGCCGCCCAUUUGACAGGCAGAUUAUAAACGUUAACGGCAGCAGACACGUUGAAGCAUUAAUGUCAUGAAAGUCGUUACAUUGGCGGCUAUAGUACACUACGGGAUCGUGACUGUCGCCUGGUGGCCGUCGUUAGGACGUACAUGCUGUAGCUAAAAAUGCCGCAACACUGCAUAGGGCAAGUAAUGCGAAGCCGAUCAACAACGUCCUCUAUUAAGAAGCUUGGUCGCGCUGUCAUCUCUCAACUGUCUGUGAUCAGCGCAUGACGGAUUAUUCAACGGGAAUUCAGAUGACGUGUUCCCAAUCGUAUGAGCAGAAGUCUACGAAACAGGCACUGGGAUUUGUAAACUGGAUGUCAAGGUCCUCCAAGUGCGCACUCUAUGUUUAAAAUAGUCGCCAAGUUUUGCUAUCUCUUCUCAUUUCCCUGAAAUAAGGCCAUGUUGGGUUAUCCUACGGCAAGGUAGUUGAGAUCUUUCCAAUCAUAAUUAAAGAACUCAACGGCUUCUCAAUCGUGUAAACUGAGGUUUACGAUGAACUACACAGUGGAUAGGCUGCUGCCCGAAUUAUCACAGCGCAGCCCAUAGUAGGUAAUGCUAAGGCGAAAGGCAUGACCCGUGCUGACGGUGUAAAGUGCGGCGGCCGUUUCUCAACUCUCUGAGCUAAGGUCAUGAUGGCUCAUGCAACGGGAAGUCCGAUGAUAGCCUCCCAAUCAAAUGUGCGAGAGUUAACGAGUAACAACCAUGUUUAUGAAAGUGUCGAAUAAAACAGAACCUACUUAAACAAGCAUAGUAGGCAUUCUUUUGUACUUCGUAGAUACUUGGGGGCCUUCACUAUAUCCUUGCCAAAAUACCAUCAACGGACGUUUUAUAGCGAGAUUACCACUCAAAAAAGCAAACUGUCUUUGUGGUUUCUUUUCAAGUGGGGAAAACUUCUGGCCAAUAAAUUUCCUGUUUCAGUGCUCACAUCUCCGUCCUCUGAGUUCGUGACCUGUCUGAUGAAAGGUCACGAACUGUGAACAUGAAUUGCUGAAGCGCACGAAACGCCCACCCCGCACCCACGAAUAUUAUACUGCGUUAAAUGUACGACCGAGCCUCCAAAUAAGAUAGAGUUUGAUUUAUAAAGUAUUAUUUAAUGACUAAGAGAUAAUUUAUUUUACGAUAAAAGAGCAAAUCAAAAAACGACUUUAUGAUAUGUCACCUAUUCAAGGCCUCAUAUAACUGUCAUCAGAGGAGGGGAACGUCAUAAAACGACAAAAAAAUGAAAAAUAGUAACAAAUACAUCUUAUCAGUACUUUGUCGAUUGUCCUUUAGCUUUCAACGUUGCCGUGAUGCAAGAGGGCAUCGAGACUACCAAGUUGUCUAAGGUGGUUUGGUCUAUGUAAUUAUUAAGCAAAAAUUUCAAAUUUUGCUCCAUAGGAAGAUGUUUUCUUGCUUUGUCCCAAUUUCUUUUGUUUAGUGCAAAAAGAUUUUCGAUGGGAUUUAGGUUCGGGCUGUUGGCGGGGAGAAAAAUGCUUAGAAGGCCGCAGGCGGAGGGGCUGCCUGUGGUCUAAAAUACUAGAUUAUAGUCGUAGACUGAGUUGAAAUCAUACCUCCUUUGAGCGGAGGACAGGGUCAUUAUCCUAUAACAUUGCGGUACCCAUUCGACGUCGAUGAACACCGUUAUAACCGAAGGCAUCCCUUACGAUGUCAAUAAACACCUUGCUGUUUAUGGUCUUCGCUGAUGAACGCCAGACCAGUCGCUCUCCGAAUUUGAUGGCCAUCCAAACCAUCAGGCGUCGGCAGUUAUUGAAAGUUGGUGUCGAUGAAGAGUGCUCUCGCAGAAAGUUCAUCCCAAAUAUGGCAACCUGGGCCGACUUCGGAGACUUGUCUAAAAAUAGGACAUCAUAACAAAAGUAAAUGCUUUUCCAGAAGGAAAGUCUAUGAUCAAGAUAUAUUUGAGCAAACAAAAAAAGUUCUCUAAUAAUUUUUCUACUUAGGAAUGGCUUUGUCAGGGCGUUUUGCUGAUGGAAACCGAACUCUCUCAUUCUUUUUUUAGUUAUGCGCAAAGAAAACAUUGACAGGUGUUCUCUGUAAAUAGCCUUAAGGGGCAUAUAAUGAUACUUUUUCAGUCUGACGAAAGAGAUCAUCGCCUUGCUUGCUUGUGGACUGUUUUGGCCCACCAUGCUUAGUUCUAGGAACUGUUUUAUUAUUCAUAAUUCUCCAGAGAGUGAAAAUACUAGAUAAAGACUCACGCAGCAGCUCUUCGGCUGCCAAUUUUCGUAUCCGCUCAAAGUCAAUUUCCGAUAGGAACUUUUUCGACAUCCUUGCUGCACGGCGUGGCAAAGAAAAGUGGCAGCAUGUAGCGCGCAAUCAAUAUAUGCGUGUUUACGCUUACUAGUUCCCGAUGUAGUAAAAAAAUACUCUCGAAUAAGUCUAUAGCUGCGUUUAAUGAUAUAACACGUUAAAGUUUUGCUAAACAGAAUUUAUAAAGUGCAACUUGCUUCUUGUUUCAUGAAAAUAAUGUGUUUUUACAUACUAGACUUGAUCUGAUUUUCAGGAAUUAAGAAUCACAAUUUCCAUUUCUAAAGUGUCCUUCUUUGAUAUUUUUCCUUGUUAUAUGAAAGUUCCUCUAUAACGCAACGUGUGCAAAUAAGACGUUUCCAUAGGGGAUACUUAUUAGAAUAGGAAAUUAGGUGGGUGUCCGGAUACGUCUAAUUUUGCCUAAUUUUGGUCCGUUUUCCCUAAAAAAAACUGAACUAACAUGACCUCUUGUUUAAAAAAGGGCUUUUUGGGAUUCCAAUGAAUUCUAGAAACAAGAAUAACCACACAAAAUAUACUCCGUUUCCCCAACUCAAAUACCGAUCUCGACAUUUCAUGAAUUAGGUCAUCUACUGUAUAACUUGGUCAUCGUACCAGCGGACAAGGGGCGCUCCACGGUUGUACUGCACAGGACAGACUACCUUCAAAAAGCCAAAGGUUUACUGGAGGACCGACAGUUCUAUGUCCCAUGUGCAACCAACCCUUUAAAGGCGCUGACACGCGAAGUUAAUGCUACGUUGUUGGCCUUGGAGAACUCAGAUGCAAUAACACCGACCGACAGACGCAUGGCGAGACCCCAAGAUACGGCUUUGGCCCGAUUCUAUGGCAUCCCUAAGGUGCACAAAGACGGCGCUCCUCUCCGACCCAUCGUGUCGAUCAAAGGGACUCCAACGUACGGACUGGCUAAGUGGCUGUUCCGGCGUCUCAAGUUCCUGGCCGUUGAGUCAGACACCACGGUCCCUUCGUCAGCACAAUUCCUGGAGAAACUCAAAGGGGUAAGCAUCCGUACAAAUGAGGUCAUGGUGUAUUUUGAUGUUACAUCCCUUUUUACUUCUAUUCUCCAGGACUUGGCGAUCGAGGCAAUUGAGCUGCUACUACGAAGCAAAUACAAUGAAACGGAGAACCGUCUUGAACAAGCCCAAGUCCUUCAUUACCUGAAGCUCCGUCUCAAGAUGUACUUCACGUUCGACGGGACAAUCUACGAACAGGUGAAGGGCACACCAAUGGGUUCGCUGAUUUCGGGGUUCAUCGCCGAGGCGGUACUGCAACGGUUAGAGUCGCUGGUCAUCCAACACCACAGACCGAAAUUCUGGGCCCGGUAUGUGGAUGAUACCUUCGUCGUUAUCGACCGGGAUCAGCUGCUGACAUUCAAGGAACAUCUGAAUGCGGUCAUCCCGGACAUACAAUUUACGAUGGAGGAGGAAGAGAACAAACAGCUGGCCUUCCUGGAUGUCCUCGUAUGCCGCAAGGAUUGUGGUGGACUAAAGACCAAAGUGUUCAGGAAAGCGACAAAUACGAUGCAAGUACUGAACGUCAGCAGUAACCACCCAAUCAGCUGCAAACGCAGUCGUGUCAGGACGCACUAUGGGCGUGUUGAAACGCACAGCAGUGAGCCGGAAGACAAGAUUGCCGAACUACAAUAACUCCGACGGGUCUUCAACGCAACUUUGUCAACCGGUGCAUACGCAAAAUGGACAAAAGGCCUGACCGCACGGACACCAAAUCUUGGAGGGCACUCCCGUAUGUCAAGAACGUUUCGGAAGCUGUCGGCCACCUUCUCGCCCCACUUGGGGUUGGAGUUGCACACAGACCGGAGGCAAACAUCAGGCGUCUGGUCAUGAAACCGAAAGACCCACUGCCACAGCAAGAAACGUCUGGAUUCGUUUAUCGGAUCUGGUGCAGUUGCGGACAAAGUAACUACGUCGGAGAAACCGGAAGACAGCUCCGAACGAGAAUGGCCGAACACGCGGCAGCGGUGCGCAGAAAUAACGCCAGCUCUCAAGUUGCGGCUCAUUCAACGAGAUCCGGCCACACAUUCAAAUUUGACGAGGCCAAAAUGCUCGCAAGAGUUGGCAACCGCGCGAGCCGGGAGCUACUGGAAUCAUGGUUUACUGGCCCCCAGUCUAUUUACAAGUGCAAUGAUCUUCCCAUUCAAUACAGCGUGCUGAGACUUCGUCUAGGCGGAGUAAUUGGCCACGCGGGGAGCGCACUGGUGAACACUCCUCCCAACUCCCGGGUCAACGCGUCAGACGGUCGAGCAAUCAUCACGCCAACAUCCAACGCACGUGAUGAAAUGGCAGCAAUUAUCGACUCGAAUGUCGGCCAUCACGCCACGUGCAACGAUCCCUGAUGAAAGGGAGGGAGCCGUGAAUAUUCAUAGAUAUGUGGUAGCAUCCUAUAAACACUGCAGCCGCAUGUGCAUGAACCACCAUUAUCUGCUUAUGUCUCCAACGAUGGUUUCAAGCAGGAAUCCGAAACGUCAGGCUAAUAAAGCUCUUGUCCCGGCGAUCGUGUCUUCUUCUUCAAGACUCGCUCUCCUCCUCAUCCUACCUCUUCUUCUUCUUCCUCUGCCUAUUUUUCUCCUUCGACAUGUUCUCCACCUCCUUUCCGCCGCCCCACACGUCGCCAUACUGGCAGGGUAGUCCGAUCAAUCUGACAGCUUGGAAUGUUCGCACCCUUUUAGACAAUCGGAGGAGCAACCGACCGGAACCGAGGACGGCGCUAUUGGCCCGGGAACUGACGCGCUACAAGGUGGAAAUCGCCGCACUCAGCGAGACCCGAUUCCCCAAAGAAGGCCAACUGGAGGAGGUGGGUGCCGGCUGCACCUUCUUCUAGAGUGUUCGGUCCAGGACAGUGCGACGAGACGCAGGUCUCGCCUUUGCCAUCCGGAACGACAUCGUGGGACGACUGCCCUGUUUGCCGCAGGGCAUCAACGAUCGCCUAAUGAGCCUCCGCCUGCCUCUCCGGGGGGGGGGGGCAAAUUCGCCACCAUCAUCAGCGUCUACGCUCUGCCAAUGACCAGCCCUGACGCCGCAAGAGAUAAAUUCUACGAGGACCUGCACACCCUCUUGGCGUCUGUGUCGAAGGCGGACAAGUUGAUUUUCCUUGGUGACUUCAACGCCCGCGUCGGCACAGAUCAUGCUGCCUGGAGGGGAGUGAUAGGUCCUCAUGGUCUACGCGGCUCCAACGACAACGGCUUGCUGCUUCUCCGCACCUGCGCAGAACACCGCCUCAUUCUGACACAAAUGUAA